CUCUGUGACGUACCGGAAGUAACCCUCAGGACUACACGCUUUGAAAGGUCCGCUAACUAGCUUCAGCUAAAGUUAGCUUUUUUUAUCGUCUGGGGCGGCUCUUGUUCCGUUCUUUUCACUCUAAACGAAGACAUGCCGUCGUUAAACGGAAAACCCGAUGUUAUGUUUGAGGACGAUGAUCUGCCCUAUGAAGAGGAGAUUAUCCGGAACCCGUACUCGGUCAAGUGCUGGAUGCGUUACAUCGAAUUCAAACAGAACGCAUCCAAAUCCACCCUGAACAUGAUCUAUGAGCGGGCUCUGAAGGAGCUGCCUGGCAGUUAUAAGCUGUGGUACAGUUACCUGAGAGAGAGACGGAAACAAGUCAAAGGGAAAUGCAUCACGGAACCAGCUUAUGAAGAGAUCAAUAAUUGCCAUGAAAGGGCUCUGGUGUUCAUGCAUAAGAUGCCCAGAAUAUGGCUCGAUUACUGCCAGUUCCUUGUGUCUCAGAGCAAGAUCACGAGAAGUCGGCGAACAUUUGACCGUGCACUCAGAGCUCUUCCUGUUACUCAGCACCCACGCAUCUGGCCUCUGUAUCUCCGCUUCGUCCGUACCCUGUCCCUGCCUGAGACUGCUAUCCGGGUGUAUCGUAGGUAUCUUAAGCUUUCUCCACAAAAUGCAGAGGAAUACAUAGACUAUUUACGGUCUGUUGGCCGCUUGGAUGAAGCAGCUGUGCGUCUGGCAGCAGUUGUGAAUGACGAAAGCUUUGUGUCCAAAGAGGGAAAAUCUAACUAUCAACUGUGGCAUGAGCUGUGCGACCUAAUCUCCCAGAACCCUGAUAAGGUGACUUCCCUGAAUGUAGGAGCCAUCAUCCGAGGAGGCCUCACCCGCUUCACUGACCAACUUGGAAAACUUUGGUGCUCUUUAGCUGACUAUUACAUCAGGAGUGGCCACUUUGAGAAAGCCCGCGAUGUAUAUGAGGAGGCCAUCCUUACAGUGGUGACAGUGAGGGAUUUCACGCAAGUGUUUGAUAGCUAUGCCCAGUUCGAGGAGAGCAUGAUUGCUGCCAAGAUGGAGACCACUGCUGAGAUUGGGAAGGAUGAAGAAGAUGACAUAGACCUGGAGCUUCGACUUGCCCGCUUUGAGCAGCUUAUAGCCCGACGGCCCCUCCUUUUGAACAGUGUUCUGCUGAGGCAAAACCCCCAUAAUGUGCACGAGUGGCACAAGCGGGUAAAAUUGUACGAUGGCAAUCCACGACAGAUUAUCAACACAUACACUGAGGCAGUACAGACAGUGGAUCCAAUGAAGGCCACAGGGAAGCCUCAUUCCCUCUGGGUCUCCUUCGCUAAAUUCUAUGAGGAAAAUGAGCAGCUGGAUGAUGCCAGGACAAUCUUUGAGAAGGCUACCAAGGUGAACUACAAGCAGGUGGAUGAUCUUGCUGCAGUGUGGUGUGAAUAUGGGGAGAUGGAGCUUCGCCAUGAGAACUAUGAACAGGCACUGCGCAUACUGAGGAAAGCUACAGCCAUCCCAUCUAAGAAAGCAGAGUACUUUGAUGCAUCUGAGCCAGUCCAAAACAGGGUGUACAAGUCCUUGAAGGUCUGGUCUAUGCUGGCAGACUUGGAGGAGAGUCUUGGCUCUUUCCAGUCUACGAAGGCAGUGUAUGACCGUAUUAUUGACCUCCGCAUCGCGACGCCACAGAUCAUCAUCAACUAUGCCAUGUUUCUUGAAGAGCACAACUACUUUGAGGAAAGCUUCAAAGCAUAUGAGCGUGGUAUCGCUCUCUUCAGGUGGCCAAACGUUUAUGACAUCUGGAACACUUACCUCACCAAGUUCAUUGAUCGAUACGGGGGCAAGAAGCUGGAGAGGGCAAGAGAUUUAUUUGAACAAGCCCUUGAUGGCUGCCCCGCCAAGUUUGCCAAGACCAUUUACCUGUUGUACGCCAAAUUGGAGGAAGAGUAUGGAUUGGCACGGCAUGCAAUGGCUGUAUAUGAAAGAGCGACACAGGCAGUCGAAACUGGGGAGAGACAUCACAUGUUCAAUAUCUACAUCAAGAGAGCCGCUGAAAUUUAUGGUGUUACUUAUACCAGAGCAAUUUACCAGAAAGCCAUUGAGGUCCUUCCUGAUGAGCAUGCGAGGGACAUGUGUCUGCGAUUUUCUGACAUGGAGAGUAAACUGGGUGAGAUUGAUCGGGCCAGAGCAAUCUACUCCUACUGCUCCCAGAUCUGUGACCCAAGGGUUACAGCUACUUUCUGGCAGGCCUGGAAAGAAUUUGAGAUCCGCCAUGGAAAUGAGGACACCAUUAGAGAAAUGCUGAGGAUAAAACGCAGUGUCCAGGCCACAUACAACACCCAGGUCAACUUCAUGUCCUCUCAGAUGAUGAAGGCUAUAACAACCACCACAGGCACUGAUCUUGCUCCAGGCCAGAUGGGAAUUGAUGACAUGAAGAUGUUAGAGCAGAAAGCACAACAGCUUGCUGCAGAAGCCGAGCAGGACAAACCUAAGCCCAAAGAGAAGAUUCUCUUCGUCAGGAGUGACACUUCUCGCAGUGAGUUGGCUCAGCUUUCUAAACAGGCUAAUCCUGAUGAGAUCGACAUUGAUGAUGAUGACGAGGAUGACGAUGAAGACCAAGGACCAGAAGAGGUGCGGCUUGAACAGAAGAGCGUCCCCACAGCUGUCUUUGGAGGACUCAAAGACGACUGAAAGAUGCUUUUUCUCACUGAACUUUGCAAAGAUGCAUUCUUCUGAUAUCUCUUGUAAUGAUUGAAUAGGCUCUAUUUUUAAAUUUAGUAUUAAUAUUCAGUUGUAUCCACUUUAUUUUAAUACAAUGUGAUGAAAAAAAAAAAUGUGGCAGAAGUUCAGUAUAGUAAAAAAAAAACUCUUAGUUUUGGCCACAAGGUGUCAGUCCUUGGUAUGUGGCUCAAGAUAAUUGAUCCUUUUUUUUCUAUUAUAAAAUACUGUUGUGGUUACAUGUUAACUCUAAUUGAAAUCUGAGGUUUUUAUACUUUGUUAUGGAACAACAUUUGUAAAAGAAUUUACAGUGAAAACAUUUGUGUACACUUAAUAAAUUCAGAUAUCUUCCUCUGACAGGAAGCUCUGCCCUAGAAAACAGGGGAGGAGCGUAGUUUCUUCUUGGAGCAUUCACUUGAAAGUGGAGCUUCACAUUGUUGACUUGAGGAUCACUAGUAGGUGUGUCUUGUGUUCUGAAAAGAUUAGUUUGUGCAAUGGUUUGAAAAAUAGAACAUAAAAUUCAAAGUUAACUAAACUGCAGUUAUUAAAGUUGUAGGUUUUGAGGAUAUAAGUAAUGCUAUAGAAAUGCUACUUGUGACCUAAUACAAUUUUACAGCUCUUCAUGUACAACAAGAUUUUCUAUGUUUUCUUAUUGCCAUGCUGUAUAACUUUGAUGUUUGUCAAUUACGCUCUAACCCUGGCUGUGUCAAGCUGGUCUCUUUGAGUCUCUGAAACUUUAUUUACAUUGUCUUGCAGCUGUAAUAAAAAUUGAUUUAUAUUUGAUAAAUACA